AUGAAGUACGUUUUAUCCGAGCAAGUUCUUACUGUCCCAGAAGAUGUCUCCGUGUCUAUCAAGGCCAGAGUCAUCAAAGUUACUGGACCAAGGGGUGAGCUGACCAAAGACUUGAAGCACAUCAACGUUGCCUUUGAGAAAUCUGGCGACAACGAGAUCAAGAUCAUUGUGCAUCACGGUAACAGAAAGCACGUUGCUGCUCUGAGAACUGUCAAGUCAUUAAUCUCUAACAUGAUCACUGGUGUCACCAAGGGUUACAAGUACAAGAUGAGAUUGGUUUAUGCGCAUUUCCCAAUUAAUGUCAACUUCCUCGAGAGAGAUGGUCACCAGUACGUUGAGAUCAGAAACUUCUUGGGUGAGAAGAGAGUCAGAGAGGUCAAGGUUUACGAUGGUGUCACUGCAUCCAACUCUUCUGCUUUGAAGGAUGAGCUGAUCUUUGAGGGUAACUCCAUUGAGAACGUCUCUCAAACUUGUGCUGAUGUCCAACAGAUUUGCCGUGUUAGAAACAAGGAUAUCCGUAAAUUUUUAGACGGUAUCUACGUUUCUGAGAAGGGAACUAUCGUUCAAGAAGAAUAA